AUGGAGAACGAAAUAACAGAUCCUAUCGUCUUUCGUUCCUUGUCGGAAAACCAAAAGAAAUUGGUGGCCGUAUUGCCAAUUCCUUCAGCCAUUCUGAGUUUGAUUGGUAGUUCGAUCAUUGUGUAUAUGGGAUUGCAAUCCAGGAAGAACCCGUCCAAGAAAUGGACUCCGUACAACCGAUUGGUGACUGCAAUGAGUUUCUUUGACAUUAUCACGUCCAUAACUUUGGCUCUGGCGUCCUUCCUUUAUCCCAAAGAGACCUCCGACAAAGCUUGGGUGUUUGGAAAUGAAACUACCUGUUCUGCAGUUGGAUUCUUUCAGCAACUGCUAUAUGCUGUGAUUCUCUAUUAUGGCUCUCUUUCGGUCUACUUUGUUUUGACGGCUCGAUUCGGUUUCAGCAACAAACAAGUCGCCAAGCGGAUUGAACCGUUCAUGCACAUCUUUUGUUUUGGAUAUCCCUUAGUCACGGCGUUCGUCGGUCUCUUUUUGUCGGCUUAUUCAGAGCCAGAGAUUGGAUUGGGAUGCUGGGUCAAGAGAUGGCCCAAGCGUUGCGUGUCGUAUCGAGAACCAAUCGGCUCGGAAGAAAAAUGUCGAUCGGAGGUGGUUGGUUGGAUAUUAGGAGGAUGGGUCGGAGUGAGUGUGUUUGUACUAGCCUUGCUGAACACGGUCAUUCUCUUUAUCCAUGUCCGGAGACAAGAACAAAAGGCAAAAGCAUUGGAAAGACAAGCGACAAGAACAAAAGGUGAUGAGAGGCUCGAUAGACCGUCUCUGUACAGAACGGAAAUGUUGAAAUACGAGGAAGAGGAAAAGAGUGACGCAUUGAUCACAUCUGUGAGAACGGUGCCGCCAAGAACCAACAGCACAGACGAUCUUGCGGAUCAAUCGAGACAACUCAAACGGUUGAAGCUUGUUCUAACUCAGGCACUUUUAUAUUUCCUAAGUUUUGUUUUGACGAGUGGGACGUCACAGUUGCCACGUCUAAUAGAAAGCUUUCCCGAUACCGCUGUGGACGAGAAGGAGCUUCCAUACAAUUUAUAUGGCCUAGUAUUGGCCCAAUGCAUUCUCUAUCCACUGCAAGGCUUCACAAAUAUGCUGGUGUACAUACGACCAAAAUACCUGGCGAUUGCCACUGAGAAUCCAAAGGAAUCAAGACUGUGGGUGUUCAAAAGGGCAGUCUUUGGCAGAGACGACAACAUUGACACAUCUGGGCGUGACGGCGACAAUAAUGACGAAUUACAAAAGUCAGAAGAUGAUACCCGAAAACCUUCGUCCGCCGAUGGAACAGAAGUGCCCAGCAUUCCGUCACCCAACCAACCCAUAAAGAAAGCCGUCUCGGCUGGUGGUGCAUCGGUCGCUUCGGUAUCUUCCGUGGCGACUGGAAGCCAAGAGAUGAAGGAAGUCAUGGAGCGGGCCAAACGCCGUCUGGAACGAUACAAGGCGGAUCGGCUGACGAAAGAAUCAUCAGACAGAAGUCUGAAAGAGGGUUACGAGCCUGGAAGCCCCCCAGCAGACAUGAUGUCCCCAAUUGCAAAAGUUAGAGCCAAGCUCAAGUUGGAAUCUGCUGGCUUUUCCAAUCCUUUGGAUGAUUUCGACGAGCCCCGUCCAGUGCCAGAAUUUUCAGGAGGUCCCAGCAUUAGGGGAAAGGGUGGAACUGGUCCGUCCACAAUCCGAAUGGAUGGAUCCAUUGUGGCAGCUGCUGCGGACAGUUCCGGGUUUUCCAAUUAG